AUGACCUCAGUACCUGGACCAGCAGUCGCCGUCGCACAAAAAAUCCUCGCCCUUGCACAACAAUACGAAGGCGAGACUAGCAACGAAAUUCGCCGGCGUAGCAUCAGAGCUCAGCUACAAGACACGUCGGACGAACUCCUCCGUGCUAUCCUAACUCCAUCCGAGUAUGCGAUACUGGUGGCUGAGGCUUUCCACGAAAGCUCUGCGUUGAACCUCGCGACAGCUGCCAAAGUUGCAGAUGCUUUAGGAGACGGACAUUCCACCGUCCAGGAUCUAGCAUCUAAGACCGGGUAUCGCGCUCAUCACCUCGGGACCGCGUUGACCUGCCUAGCCUCAAAGGGAAUCUUCGAAGAAGUGGAUGGCUUCGGGUGCAAGAUCUUCAAGAACAACGAAAACUCACGGGUACUCUCCGGCAGUCAUCCAGACGCAGUUGACGGUGCUAUCGGGUUCAUUUGUGAUGAAGGCUUCAAAUCUGCAUCGAGGCUUACUGAUGCUGCGUCACCGACCGUGUCAGCAGCAGGUCUUCCAGCUGGCAGCCUCGCCUUCAAUGCUCCAAUUACGCUGUUUAAGUGGAUCGCUUCUCAGCCUGAGAAUGCCUGGCGGUUGCAGCGACAGAUGAAGGCCUACGACCAGCUUCAUCACAUGGCCAACCACGGUCUCGAGGAAGAUUUCUCAUGGGGAGCACUGGGAUCGCCUAUUGUCGAUGUAGGUUGCGGCAUCGCCUCAACUGAACGUACGCUGCUUGAGCAUGCCUCAACAAAACACCUCCGUUUCACUUUGUUCGAUUUGCCUCCAGUGCUCGAAAAGACUCGGAAAUUGUGGGAGGACGCGGGUGUUCAAGACAAGGCCACCUUCAUUUCCGGUGACUUCCUCCAAACCCCCUCCGUCAUCCCAGCCGGCGCACCGACCUACAUGUUGCGCCACAUCUUCCUCGAAUGGCAGGACGAUAAGGCCCUUGUAUUCUUAAAGAACAUCCACGACGCCAUGACGUCCGAGAGCGUCCUCCUAGUCGUCGAAGUGCUCCUGCACGAGGACUCGGACCGCCUCAUCCGCACGUCAAGCAUGCACAUGCUGUCUCUGAACAAUGCCGUGACGAGGACGCUACCUGAAACUAUCGUCCUGUUGGAGAAGGUCGGCUUCAAGUUGAAGAAAGUCAAUCGAUUGUUGGCGGCCGAUUCAGUCAUUGAGUUUGUGAAAGCGUAG